AUGGCCAGUGCAACCGUGGUGACGAUCCAGCCGCAGGUCAUGCCUGUUGCCUCCAGAGGCUUUUGGCAGACAGGACUGAUGGACUGCUGCACGGACUGUGGUGUCUGCUGCUGUGGGAUGUUCUGCUACCCCUGCCUGGCCUGCCAAGUGGCUGGGGACAUGAACGAGUGCUGCCUGUGUGGGACCAGCGUGGCCACGAGGACCCUGUACCGCACCAAAUACAACAUCCCGGGUUCCAUUUGCUCUGACUACUGUGUCACAAUGUGGUGCUCUGUGUGCUCUGUUUGCCAAAUGAAGAGAGACAUUAACCGCCGGAGGGAGCAGGGAAUAUUCUGGUAA